AUGGAAGAUAAAUUCGAGCUAAUAACAUUAAUGACGAAUGAAAAUAAAAAAAUUAAUAUUCUCGUCUGCGCAGAAAACGAGUCACCUAUAUUAAACUAUACUCUAGAAUGUUAUGAUGACAUGAAAACUACGGUCUGUAAAAAAUUAGCUCUUCGAAAACCAUCAAGCGCCUGCUUGUUUGAGUGCAACGCUUGCCUGGUGGGCGCUCGUAAGACCAUAAUUGUCAAGAUAAAAAAUGUUGGACGAUCAUCAACGUUUAUUUUAGUUCCUGAAAACGUAUGGUAUACAAAACCAGUAGAAGAUGUUGAAUGGAACGAAAUAAUACGUUUAGGUGCAUUUACAAUCACACCGUCAAUAUUCAAGAUUGAUUUUGAACAGACAAUGGAUCUUACUGUUGUAUUUGAACCACGUUUACCAUCAUUUUACGUAUGUUUCUUUAAUUUUAAUGUUAAAUUUUAA